GAUGUUUCAUUUGAAAGGGGCAUUCAGAGGAGUAACAUGACAGAGAAGUAACAUGAUGGCCCCUUCUCCAGGACUGUGUACUAUUAGGAAAUCCUUAUGCCAUUCUGAAUGGUCAGAUGUCUCUCCUUUCUUCCAGGUGAUAAAGCUACCCACUCAUUCUGGUUUGUGACUCGUGUUGACCCCAGCUAUGUCUGUUUUGCUUCAUGCAUAUUUCAGCUCAUGAAGAUGCUGGCAUUAAACCCAAGCCCUCUACUGUGCACCUGAUCUUUCAUCUUCAGAAAAAGGAGAUUAACAGGACUUUAAGAGACGGAAUCGGCAGGUUUACCCAUUGUAAAGGCAUUCUUUGAGAAAGCAAAAUAAACCAGGCACUUGUCAGAGCCUCGAGCAGUGAGCCCCGAGCUGGAGCCAUGGGGACUGUGGCACUCUAUGUGCUUGUUUCUAGUGUGAUACAGAACUGCUACUUGAGGAGCAGCCAGUGCAGUGCAGAACUGGAUGGAGAAGUGAACACCUGGGAUGAGGGAGUCGGAUAUACCCCAGCCUCUGUCACCAGCCUCCUGCAGCUCAGACGGGCCGAUGCCAGAGGAGAGGGGCUCUCUGCCAAGGUCCCUCUGGUAAAAGCAAGUGAGGCAGCUCACACAAGGGGAACCAGCUCCUCACCACAUCCUGUCCCCAGCCCAGAUUCAGGAGCCUCCUUUAGUUCCUCCACCACGGGGAGGGCCCUGCCUGCAGGAGAGGUUUCUGCCCUGGCGUUGCCCUUGGAACAGGACGGUGAAGGAAGUGGCACUGCAGCCCCAGGGAGCGCUGCCCAGGGGCCACCUGGAGCUAUCGAGCAUCCCUCAGGAAUCUGGGGCAAGGAAAUCCCCGCUCGCAACAGGAGCAAAGCGUAUUCUCUGCCUGCUGGGAACGCUACAGGGAUGGUACGAUUAUCCACCCAAAGGAAACAGGACAAUGCCACCCGGCCUCCAGUCACCACAGCAAGGCAGAAAUCUCCACCUGCUUCCAACUGGCUCCCCGUCCUGGAGAAGCAUGACAUCCCGGUGGUUGUGGGAGUCUCCGUGUCUCUGGCUUUGAUAUUCAUUUCCAUGGGGGUGUAUUCGUUCCGCCAGAAAAUAGAGCACGCCAAAGGCAAUAGUACCUCUUCUCAAAAAUCCUCUAAUUCUCGGAGAAGGAGAAAUUACUUGGAAGCAGACGAGGCGUAUGAGAACCGGUGA